CCCUCAUAGGUCACCUGCCACCUGGUGGGCAAUUGAGGGACCAUUCUUCUUAGCGUCUGCACUCAGCCCACACUUUGGGCUGUUCAACCUGCACGUGUCCCGCAUGUCUGCUGGGUACUUUGCAGAUUAAGAUUUUAAAUGGAGGACAUACUUAGGUAGUUAUUAGUUAGUUAUUUAUUCUGUAAUUGGCUUGCACCGGGACCAGAAUAUCCUAUUUCGUUUCACCUCAUGUUCGCAUGUGUUGGAAUGACAAUAAAGCUCCUUGAAUCCUUGAAUCCUUGAAUACACAUUUACCAGUAAACCUGAGUCUCGUUCUGCUACAGGAUCAGGGCUUUUUGUUAUCACAAACACCCUGAAACAGAGGGUGGCGGUAGUGUUAGUUCACUUUGGAUGCGAGCAGCAUGUUCAAAUAGGCAGAGGAAGAAAGUGCAUUACACAGAGUUAAUUGUUUGUAACAGAGGAGGACUGAACUGACCCAAAUACAGCUUCUCACUCACAAUCACGUAGAGUUUUUUCUUUUCUUUUAAUAGUCACUUUGUUGCUCUUUUGGUCGUAAUGGCGACUUGUGACGACGUGCGGGAAAACGUGAAGAAAUACUACGGCAGUCGAUUGGAGUCCUCUGGUGAUUUGCAAACAAGCGCUGCCUCUUGCGCUAUGCCUUGCUCAGUGCCAAGAAGUGUCACAGAGGCACUGAACCUGGUUCACCCAGAGGUCACCAAAAGGUUCUUCGGUUGUGGUCUUCCAUUCCCAGCGAAGCUGGAGGGCUGCAGAGUACUGGACCUGGGCAGCGGCUCUGGCAGAGACUGUUAUGCCUUCAGUAAACUUGUUGGACCGAGUGGACGUGUGACCGGGAUCGAUAUGACAGAGGAGCUGAUUACUUUGUCUCGUCAGUACAUUGAGUAUCACCAACAGAAGUUUGGCUAUAAGGAGCCCAACGUCACCUUUGUCCAGGGGUACAUGGAGAAGCUCAGUGAAGCUGGCAUACAGAAUGACUCAGUGGAUGUUGUGCUGUCCAACUGUGUGCUCUGUUUGUGUCCUGAUAAAAAAGCGGUGCUGCAGCAAGCCUACAACGUCCUGAAGGAGGGAGGUGAACUGUUCUUCAGUGACAUGUACGCCAGCAAAGUUGUCCCUGACCACAUGAAGCAGGAUCCAGUCCUGUGGGGUGAAGGAAUGGGCGGCUCUCUGUUUUGGCAAGACCUCAUUUCAUUGGCCCACAGUGUGGGUUUCAGCACUCCACAUCUUGUUUCAGCAAGCCAGAUUGUGGUCCACAACAGUGAGCUCAAAGCAAAAGCAGGAGACAUCAGCUAUGCUUCAAGCACCUAUCGGCUCUUCAAGCUGCCCAAAGGUCCAGUCAAGUCUGAGGCAACAGUGACCUAUAGAGGAACUGUGGCAGAUUUCCCAGAUCAGCUGGACUUUGAUUCAUCACAUUGUUUCAAGAAAGACGUUGCAGUGGAGGUAGACGGAGAGAUGGCAGCGAUCCUCCAGAAUUCCCGUUUCUUCCCCGAUUUCAAAAUUCAGAUGUUGGAUAAACCGCAGACCAAAUCUGAGUCAACACCACAGUGCUGCCACCUCAACCCGUUUCUGUUGGCAGACAAGCUGGGAUCCUGUGUCAAACAAUGCUCCAAAACAAACAAAUAAAGAGGCAGCUGAAUACAGAAGAAAUAGUUUUGAAGACUGAGAACAACUGCAAAAAUAAAAUUGUAACACAUUUUUAAAAAA